AUGGCAGAGGAAGUGUGCGAGCGGCUGCAAUUCCGCCUCGAGGUGCAGACCGCAUCAGAGGUGACCCGCCUGGCGGUGUGCGGCAACUUCCAGGGCUGGCAGCUCUCCACCGCCAAUGACCUCAAGUACACAGAGGCCUCAGGCAACGUGGAGGGCGGCACCACCUGGCGCAGCGACCUGCUCGCCAUCCCGGCCAACAAGAUGCCGCUGCGGUUCAAGUUUGUGGCCAACGGCCACCGCUCCUCCCCCAACACGCGCCCGCUCAUCUGGGACUCGCAGAGCCGCGUGUACCACCGCAUCCCGCCCGACGGCGUGCUGCGCUGCGAGUUUGAGCCCACCCCCGACAGCAGCGACACGGGGUGGGUGACUGCCGACGGCGUGGGCGCCUACCAGCUGCGCGUGGGCCAGCCACCCGGCAGCGCCGAGGCUCUGGUCAAGCUGGAGCCGCACUUGGGACACCAGCCAGAUGAGGUGGAUGUGGUGCUGGUGGAGGCGAAGCCCAACGACCCUGCGGUACCGCAGGGCAAAGUGCUGGCGCGCGUGGGAGCGCUGCCCGGCGGCGCGGGCUCAGCGGAGCAGCCGGCCGGGGAUGCCGGCAGCUGCACCUACCUGCUCAACUCUCAAUCCAUCGAGGCGCUGGCCUUCCGUGUGGAUGUGACCUCCAAGCGCGACGGCGCGCUGCUCGCCCGCUGCUUCAUCUCGCCCGAGACGCUGCAGGCGCUGGAGGGCAGCAUCCACGCCGCGCUGCUCACACCCGACCUGCGCCACGCGGGCACCUUCCGCGCCUCCUUCCUCGUCGUCGCCGCCCUGCAGCACCCCGCCAACUCCCUGGGCAACCUGCAGCGCAGCCGCUGGGUGCCCGGCGGCGACACGCUGGACAUCGGCCACCGCGGCUCCGGCGCCAGCAAGGUGCACGGCCACGCGGUGCGCGAGAACACGCUGCUGUCGUUCCAGAAGGCGGCCACCAACGCCGCCGACUGCGUGGAAUUCGACGUGCACGUCACCGCCGACGGCGAGUGCGUCGUCUUCCACGACUUUUUGGUGCCCAUCCGGCUGGGCACCGAGGUGGUGCGCCUGCCCAUCCCCACGCUGACCUACGACCAGCUGCGCUCCCCAGACUUCACACAGUGGAUGGUGUCACCCAACGAGGAUGCCACCAACAAGGAUGCGCUGGAUGAGGAGAAGCAGCGGCGGCGCACCACGCUGCAGCGCAACAUGAGCAGCGCGGAGGACAUGUUUAGGAGCAUCUUCAAGCCGCAGUUUGCGGGCCCCGGCCUGUCCCCCGCGCGCAGCACGUCUGGCGACAGCAGCGACGGCGCCAGCAGCGUGGGCAGCGGCGAGGACCCGUCGCAGGCGGUGGCCGCCGCCCGCUGGUUCCUGACAGACCGCAUCGCGUCGCUAAGGGAGGCCUUCCGCCGCACUCCCAAGUGGCUGGGCUUCAACAUCGAGCUCAAGUACCCCACGGCGCUGGAGGUGGCGGCGAUGCGCGCUCACUGGUGGUCCCGCAACCACUUUGUGGACGCAAUCCUCAAGGUGGUGCUGGAGGAGGGUGCCGGCAGGAAGGUCAUCUUCUCCACCUUUGACCCCGACUGCGCCACGCUGCUGUCCCUGAAGCAGCCCCGCUUCCCCGUGCUGUUCCUCACCUGCGGCGGCACCAAGGUCUUCACCGACCCGCGCAUGAACUCGCUGGAAGCGGCGCUGCAGUUUGCGCUGGCCUCGCAGCUGCAGGGCGUGGUGGCGGAGGUGACGAGCGUGCUGGGGCGGCUGCAGGAGACGGUGGCUGAGUUCCACCGCCACGGCCUCUUCCUCUACACCUGGGGCGACGCCAACAACGACUACGCCUCCUACAUGGCGCAGCGCGAGGCGGGCAUCGACGCAAUCAUCUUUGACGAUGUGGAGCGCAUGGCUCGGCGCACCGACAAGCGCGCCUCCUCCACCCGCACCCUGUUCACCAAGAGCAUGAAGUCGCCCGCCUCCACGCAGGCACGCGCAGGGCGGCAGGGGGCCUGCCGCUGCCGGGAGGCACUGCUGCUGGGUGCCAUUGCUGACAUGGAGCGUCUGGCCAGCUCCGGCGGCAGCACCCUGCAGGUGGACCUGGAGCGCCUCAGCGGCGGCUUCACCAUGCUGGCCAUCUCGCCCAUCGGCUCCCCCAGCGCCACCGGCCUCAUCCCGCUGGCCCCGCCGCCGCCCUCCAUCAAGGCGGCCAUGGCGGGGGCCGGCCCGGCGGUCACCAACGGCUCCGCCGGCCCGCAGCUGGGCGCCUUCUACGGCCAUAGCAACGGCGGCCUCAAGUAG